CUCGCUGCUGACGUCCACACUUUUUGCACGGACCACAACAGCUGCCAUAUUUUAGCAAACGGCAGUUUGUGAGAUGCCGUCGACAAUUAAACUUGUAAUAUUUGAUCUAGCAGGCACGACGGUAGAUGACAAUAUCAAUGGCCUACCUCUUGUUACUGUGGCAAUCCAAGAGGCAUUCGCAAAAGCUGGUUUUCCAGCAGUGAAACCAGACCUAGUCAAUGAUGUUAGAGGGAUGGAAAAACGCGAAGCCAUAGCGUCUCUUUUGAGAAAACUUAAUAUUAAUAAAGAAGAGAAGCUAAUCGAUAAGAUUUUUGCAGAUUUCAAGUUAGCCUUAGACCGUAAUCUUAACAGCAUUAAUCAAGAGAUACCUGGAACAACUGAUGUUUUCAAGAAAUUAAAAGAACUUGGUAUUUUGAUUGGGGUUGGUAGUGGCUUUCCUCAUGCUGUUGUUGUGAAAAUUGUGCAGAAUCUUAAGUGGGAGAGCUAUGUCGAUUUUGUUUCCAGCGCGGAGAAAGAAGGCCAUGGUCGUCCACAUCCUCAUCUGAUACAAUCAGCGAUGAGAGAUUUCAAUGUAACAGAGUCAAAGGAAGUUGUCAAGGUUGGUGAUACACGGAUUGACAUCCAGGAAGGAAAGAAUGCUGGUUGCUGGACAGUUGCUGUACUGACUGGGACUCAAAAAAGAUCAAAUUUAAUGGAAGAAAACCCUGAUUUCAUUAUUGAUAGCAUUGUUGAUAUAUUUGCAGUGAUUAAACAGAUCAGCAAAUCAUCACAUUGAUCACCAAAUGACCCAAAACAAUAUACAACUCAACAACACAUGCAUUGUAUCACACAUUCUGUUAAAAUACUGGUAUAAAUGUGCAUAGUUUACAAUGUUUUCAAAAAUUUAACUUUUAAUUGUCUUUGCAAGUUUCAUUUAUUUAUUGUUUCCUGGCUGUUUCACUUAACAUAAGUCCAUCAAAGUAAAUCUAUUUCCUUUAUUAAGAAAACCUAGCAUGGCAAAGUCACUUUCUCUAUUUAUCUCCCUAAAGAUACAGUCAUGAAUUUUUCGUUUUUAAUAAUAGCUUUCAUUGAGAGCUUUUAUCAUGUAUAUCUUAAAACUAUGCCAAGAAGAGUUGUCUAGAUACAUUAUUUUUUAUUUUGUAGAUUACAAAAAUAGGCAAAAAUCAUAUAAAUGUAUAAGGAAAGUUUUUAUCAGAUGCUUUUGAAAAUAUGAAAUGUUGGGUGGUAUGGUUAGUAAUCUUUUUUGUCUUCUAUAACGUAUAUUGUGAUUAAUUUCUUGUUGCCGAAAACAAUAUUUAAGUGUGUGUUUGAUUAGUUUUUUGUCUUUUAAUUCCAAAGAGGAUUCCAAAGCAAAAAAAUUAUUUUGGUCUACACAAGACAGGACCUUUUAUUAAAGUAAAUUAAUUUUCCGAAAUGCCUACAUGGAAUAAUUACUUGCUUGCCCAAU